GAGAAAAGCGCUGCCUUUUUCCUUGCACUUCUCCCCCAUUCUGUACGCCGCCAUCCCCUCGGCAUGGGCUUCUCCUCGCCGCCGCCGACCUCCACAGCCUCCCAGGACGGCGACGACGACCGCCACCAAGAUGUCAUGUGGGAGAGGCCGACGCACGCUAGGAUCCUCGUCUCGGACGCCGACGCGGGCUGCAUCUACGGCAGGGCCGGCUCCGCUGUCCACGCCAUGGACGCCGGCUCCGGGGCCAACAUCAAGAUCUCCGCCGGAGGCCGCCCCCUCCCCGCCACGGACCGCAGGGUCGUCUUCGUCUCCGGCCUCUUCCCCGCCGUCAUGGACGCCGCAGACCUCGUCCUCCAGAAGCUCUUCUACCUGGGUGACCAGGUGAUUGAUGCUGAUGCUACCGUGGUGCUCGUGGUGCCCGACGACUCCUACAACUUACAUUCCCUUCCUGUUCUCAUGCCCAAUAUUGAUGUGCUUCAAAUGAACUGUAUGGUAUAUGCUCUCCACUCAACAAAAGGCCCAAGGGAGCGUGCAAUGUCCUUCGCCGAGGAGUCAAAUACUAGAAUCAUGGUCUCACCCUACGCCAUCUGCUACGGUUUCCACGAUAGACUGGUUACGAUCACUGGACACUUGGACAAUCAGUUGCAGGCUAUAUUUCUUAUAGUAUCCGAGUUGCUUGACGACGUCCGCUACUCAUCCUCCACCGCAUGCUUUAGUUUUCCAAGUUCAAGUAUUCGGCGUGGCGGUGCUGUGCAAGAUGAGCAUGUCGAAAGUUACCACAGCAGUCCUGACACACCAGUGAGAUCGCGUGACUACGACAGCGACGUGCAAGGGACCCUCACCAUGGGCGUCUUGGACGAGUACGUGGGCACUGUCAUCGGCUGUGGCGGGAGGACCAUAAAUGAGAUCGAACAGGCUACGGGCGUGCAAAUCAACACGCCCAAUCAAGAUCCUGAAGGGGGAACUCAUUCCUGGGACGAACGGGAGUGUAUGUGGUGGAGGGAGGUGGUGAUCACCGGGAAAUGGGAGGCGGUCGAUGCGGCGGAGAGAUGAUGGUCAUCGUUUAAAGUGCAUCAUUGCAAUGGAACAACUUAAUUUGGGUGAGUCUCCGACGUUGACGCGGGUUGCAUGUAGUAACCGGAUGAAGAUCAGUUUCUUCGCGAUGAUGCUCAUCGUGACCGCAACCCUCUUCUAGGUGAUGAUAGUUUAGAUAUCGACUUGUAAUGUCAAGACAAACUCGCUACUCGCGGUCUCGAGACUUGUAAUGUUCUAACUUGGUUCGGUAUUUUAAAUUCGGAGACUAAUAUGAUGAAAUGUAUUCGGAGACU